GUAUGAAGUGCGCCUCUUGCGGAAGUGAUCGGCAACCUUCUCCAUACCGGAUAUUCCAACCAUAGGUUUUGGCUGGCGAGUAGUUCCUGCUUCUUUUAGCCCGCUAGCAAGAUGGGUAUAUCCCGGGAUCACUGGCAUAAGCGACGUGCUACCGGAGGCAAAAGGAAGCCUCUGCGUAAGAAGAGGAAGUUCGAGUUGGGUCGCCCUGCUGCUAACACCAAACUUGGCCCUCAGCGUAUACACACUGUUCGUACUCGUGGAGGCAACAAGAAAUUUAGAGCUCUUCGUUUGGACACGGGUAAUUUCUCGUGGGGAUCGGAGUGUGCGACUCGUAAAACCCGUAUUAUCGACGUUGUGUACAAUGCUUCCAACAACGAACUUGUCCGUACGAAAACUCUUGUAAAGAAUGCCAUCGUCACUAUUGAUGCAACACCAUUCCGUCAAUGGUAUGAAUCACACUACGUGCUACCUCUGGGACGUAAACGAGGAGCUAAGCUGACCGAAGCCGAAGAAGAAAUCUUGAACAAGAAGAGGUCAAAAAAGACAGAAGCUAAGUACAAGGCAAGACAACGCUUCGCCAAAGUAGAACCUGCGCUUGAAGAGCAAUUUGCCACUGGUAGAGUACUUGCUUGUGUCGCUAGCAGACCAGGACAGUGUGGCAGAGCGGACGGAUAUAUUUUGGAAGGAAAAGAACUUGAGUUCUACAUGAGGAAGAUUAAGAGUAAGAAGGCUAAAUAAUGAGCUUGUAACCAUCUUCAAGUGAAUAAAAUAUAUAAAAUGAA